UUAAAUAUCGCUUAAAUGGAAUUUGCAUACCCAGCAUCAAUUACGCAUUAUGGUCAAGGAAGAUUCGAUUCUGAAUUCAUGGCUUCUCAAGAGCAAGUCAUGCCACAAACUAGUCUGGAUAGACUAGCCCAGAUCUAUUGCCUCUGUGAUUUGGGAAGUCCUCAGGAAGCCAUUUACACUCCUAGUGCUCCAUACGGAUUUACUUGUGCUAAAAAAAUUUCAGGUGAAUUCUCUCUUCCUAUGACAGAUCCAGAACUUAGGAAAUGCAGCAUUGAUCCAGAAUCUAUGACUAAGGAAGAGAUCUAUUUCGAACUCCUGAAAGGAUACGAAUACAAAACUAUCACCUACUUCGACCAUAAGAAGCAAAGAGAAGUCCCUUUAUACCAAUGUGGUGUACAAGGGUGCGGGAAGGUACUCCAGAAGCCUUGGAACUUGCUUGACCAUGUCCGCAUGCACGCUGGAGUUAAACCCUACAUUUGCACGUGAUGCGGCAAGGGGUUCACCCAAAAAGGCAACCUCAAGAAACACAUGAGACAGCAUAUCAAGCCAGACGUUAACGAUAGGAAGAGAUAUAACUGCAGGUUUUGCUCUAAGGGAUACACAGAGCGGUACAACUUAAAGGCUCAUAUGAACAAGUGUCACCCAGAACAAUAAGAAGGACCCAAAGUUCCCUCAGAAGACAGCAGAAAUCCUAAUUAAUUUCUAAAAAUUUCUU